UUUUGUUAAACUCGUUCUCGCACAUUCUCAUAGGAAGAGACUGGAAUGAGUAGCGGGCUAGAAUCAAGGGGCGAAGAACUUUAGGGGAUGAUUGCGCAUGCGUUGUCUGAUACCCAGAGGGGUUCAUGAUCAGAAAGAGACUGGGAGUCGCACGCAGUACGUAGGACGCAGCUUGGGACACAGUCGAUUCUCAUGCGUGUUGGAAAUCUUCAUUAACAAUAUUACCAAUUAAAGUGUCAAUCAACAAUUAAAUUUACAAAAUAAGAAAAGGAUCAAUCAAUCAAAGGGUGACCGUUCGCCUCUCUUGGAAUGCUAGAAGCCUACAGAAGUUAUUCAUCUCUGAUUGUCUCAAUUUGAAAGGAUUUGCAAUGCGGCUCAAGGACGCUGUGGUCUCGGUGCCUCUGCAUCCUGGGCUGAACAAUAAUCAACUCGAGAGGAACAGUCUGGUAUUAGGCAACUCGGAGGAGAUUGAAAAUCGUAACGAGAUUUCCGAUAAUUUCGAUAUCCAAGACACCGACGAGAUCCAGGCUGACUUCAAAGACACUGCGUGGACCACUUCGAAUCUUUGUUCUCAUAGUAAUUCAAACGUCGAUUCCAACGGUCGAAAUAAUAUUAACAAUAAUUUGACUUCGCCCAGACUCUAUCGAAGUAGCUCAGCCGAGAGUCUCGCCGAUUACGAGGGGCGUAUCUCCGUCGAGGAUUCCUCCCACGAGUUGACUCCAUCCGAGUGGUCGGACUGGUCGGAAGAAGGAAACCUUCCGGCGGGUUGUCGAGGUAUCGUAAAUCCAAAUUAUCCAGGAUUUCAACAUCUGGCACCGUCGUUGUUGUCUGAUACGGAUUUUACUGAAGAUGAGCUGGAGAGUUGCGACACAUCGAAGCGCAAUGAGAUUUUGAACGGGAACGAGUACAAUAACAACGUCGAGGAGAAUCUAGUCGGUGGGAGUGUUAAUCACUUGGAGGGACAGAAGUGUGGACAGAAACUUUUCUACGAGAAGCCCAAGUUCAAUAUACAGACUGUCACUUCUUUUUACGAAUCCGUCCUGCCGCCUUCGGAAAAGUGCAUUAAUUACGUGAAGAGCGUCGAAGUGUCUCGUUCGGUGGAGUCUCUUUCGCCGGAAGCGGAAGUAAACGUAAAUUCUGUAAUCGAGGCGGAGACACAUUUGACGGAUAUAGAUCCGGAAGAGGCUGUUGCUGAUCACGUUGACGAGAAGAGAGAAGACUUUUGUAAAGCCAUCGUCGAGGACAGACAACCUCGUGAGGUUGCCGUUGAAGUUGAAGUCGUUGAACUUGCUACGACCGUUAAAGAGACGCUGCAGUUUCCGGAAAUAGAAGAGAUUCUUGAUUCCGGAAAGGUCAACGAGGUUAGCGAGGUGGACGACAUAAUCGUUGAUCACAUCGACCUGAUUCGGGAGGCAAAGGAAUUGCCUCUACUUCAGAAAAGCAAAAUAGGAAACCAUUCGGCGACCCCGGAAAAUCGAAAUAACCCGGACGACUCGGAAACCAAUACAGAUUCCGAAAGUUAUUCCGAGCUUGCACCGUACACGAAACUCGAGGAAAUCGACUUACUCUCCAGCAUAGGAAGAGACAUAGGGGUGGAUUUGGAAAAAUACGUCCAGCCCGUACCGGACGUGGUUGUCAUGGAGACAGUAGAGGUGCACAGCUCGCACCAGAUGCCAGGAACAGAUCUAGUCAAGGAUAUAUUAAGGGAAGACACAAAUAAAUUGCUGGAUAAAGAUUUACCGGAAGCCAGUGCAGACUCCAGGAAGAAAGAGAAAAUGGCCAGAAAUCAAGCCAGAAGGAGACAGCAGUCUCAUCCUACAGCUCCCCAGCGGCGACCUGACAAGCGCAGAGCAGACACUGAUAAUGGACCUGGUGGCUUUGACGUCUACAACAUUGAAACAGCCAUGCCAAAGAUUGAUCUGGAUGCCAUUGAGUCACAUUUGAGAGCAGCCCGCGAAGAGGAACGUAGGGAAGACGAACGGGUGGCAGAGGUCGUUGAGGCUGUGGCAGCGGGUCGUGAACCGGAACCAAAAGAUCGUGACAAGGAAGACCUGCUAGCGCGAUUCGAUCGACUCGUGCAAGGAGACCCACACGUAUCUCAUCAGCGACGAAAUGACCGUGAAGAAAUUAGGAGACGAUUGGCUAUGGGCCCCGACGCAGAAGAUCUACGUGCUGAACGAGGUCGCAAACCUAGUCUCCAAUCACGACUUCAAAGUGGGAUGAACCUGCAGAUUUGCUUCAUGAACGAGACACCCUCUGACACAGAAUCGCCUGUGUCGGAGAAUGACUCUUCACUUGGACCGGCAUCAUCUGCAGAUGUGAAACAGCAAGCUCCCCUCCGACCGCAAGUUCUAAGUCUGCCACCGUUAAGAGUCGAUUCCAGUGCACCUGUCGACGAAGCCGACUUUUUCGCGAGGCAGGCUAGACUUCAGACAGAGGCAAGGAUGGCCCUGGCUCAGGCCAAGGAGAUGGCUCACAUGCAGAUGGAGGUCGAGAGACAGAGAUUGAAACAAAGUCCCAUCACCGAGAUGGUGCGGUCCAGUCUUGAAAAGGUUGGGGUUCAGCUCGGCGACGACCGGCGCAGGCUCUCCCGGGUGCUGCUGACGGAGCUGAAUGUUGCUCAGCUCCAGGUAGUAGCGAAUGAUCUGCAUGCCAGAAUCGCCGCGCUGAACGAGGCUCUGGUCGAGGGUUUACUCAGAAGAGAUGAUCUUCACAUGGAGCAGGAUUCGAUGCUGGUCGACGUGGAAGAUCUCACGCGAUACUUAGGUGCCAAGCAGGAGUCAUUUAAACGUCAAAGUAUCUCAAGCACGAGGGAUCAGCCAGCCUCGAAUCAUCACGUCCAGCAACAAUCGACCAAUCUGCAGACAAAGCUAAUCAAGCCAAAGUUUACGAACCGCACACUGGCUGGGCUGGUUCGCAAAUAAUCUUUUGCCUCGAGGCUUUGCAGUCUCGUCGGAAAAUGAGCCAGAAAUUAGGCGCGUUCACGGAUUCCUCAAUAAAUUUUCUUACGACGCACCGAAGACGACUUGCCAGGAGAAGCUGAAGAACGUCAAGAAACUUUCUCAAAGAGACACUCCGAUUUUCUCGUCACCCAUUUCAAGAGAAGAAGAGGAUCAUGAAGAUGAACUGAAAUAAAAUAAAUUAUCAAGAUCAUCGUGGAACGCGUCAAUUUUCACGAAUUUUCAAAACUUUUUACGUGGUAGAUGAAAGAUGAUGUCUCGUAAUCCUAGGAGACUCUCUCACCGAGGAUGAUCCCGCCGUUCGUUGUACGAUGCCCUUGGCAUGUACUUUAUCAUUUCUCGGGAUGAUCGUGUCCAAGUAUAAUUGUAGAAUAGCGAAGUUAGGACACUACUUGAAUGUUGUAUAUAUAUCGUAAUGAAUCGUAAUUAAUGAUCGUAUAUACGUAGCAGUUCUACUUGUCACUUUUUUUCAUUCUUUUUUUUUCAUUGAUAUCAAACCGACCCGAAUGGACGUCAUCGGAUCGACUCGAAGGACAUUCGAAUCCGUUUAUACUGUAGCCAAGAGAUAAAUGACACAGUUAGUAAUACGUAACUACAAAUUCAUAAAAUAAUAAAUCCAAAUCUUCUCUCGCACUCGCCCAUUAUUCGAUAUCGUAGAGACGUAGCAGCACGUAGCGAAGCUUUUCCGAGUUGCUCGGACGCAUUAAUUACGUGCCGCCUUUGCAGUUCGUCGAAUUAAAGAUCAAAGAUUCAAGAUCAAAGUCCCUUUUUUUAGGGUCCAGGCUAGAAUAUACAGUGAUACGGCGUAGUGGCUAAGAUCCUGGAUCUGGUCUGUGACGUAAUUUCCGUAAUUUCAUUUUAAUCGACAUACAAUCUCCUUCCGGUUUCCAUCAUGGCGCUCAUCGAUAUCAGCAGAUACUAAAAUGAGCCAUGGAAACGCGCUCUAAUUAUUACAGAGACGAAUGCGACGUAAAUACAAUGUAUGGAUAAUCGGAGAUCGAUGGGAAAAUUACGAAAUAUUUAAACGAUAUUUCGUGGGAAUCAGAAAUCGCAACGGCCUCGAAUCUGUAAUGAAAGAAUCACAGUCGAUUAACAAUAAAUAUAAUAGAUUUGAAUAAUUAUCUACAAAAUAGUUUUAAUCGUAAUAUUAAUUAAUAAUAUACAGAUUGUAAAUAACUAAAGAAUAAUAAAAUAUGCUGUAACAAGUUUGCUCUUUUCUCCGUU